UGUGAAGAUCCCUUGCUUCCCUUUCACUUUUGUGACUUUACAUACAAUCCUUCUUGAUCCCGCCCCGUCAGACAUCUGUUUUUGUCCUCGCUCGCACUGACCUCAUGUGCCUGUCUCUGUUGCUCGGGUUUUAUUUCAAUUGCCCUGCCCUAGCUUCCCCAACUUUUGAGAGCUCAUCAUAAAAUCCGUCACGGCACCAGUUAGACAAAAUGGUUCAAGAAGUCCAAUUCAAGUCCUUUACUGACCAGAAGCCUGGCACUUCGGGUCUUCGCAAAAAGGUCACCGUCUUUCAACAACCCCACUACAGCGAGUCCUUUGUCACCUCGAUCCUUCUGUCCAUUCCCGAGGGUGCAGACGGUGCCUGUCUCGUCGUCGGCGGUGAUGGCAGAUACUGGAAUCCUGAAGUCGUCCAGCUGAUUGCCAAGAUUGGUGCUGCUUACGGCGUCAAGAAGCUCAUCAUCGGCCAGAAUGGCAUCCUCAGUACCCCCGCUGCUAGUCACGUCAUCCGCAUUCGAAAAGCAACAGGCGGCAUUCUGUUGACGGCCAGUCAUAACCCUGGAGGUCCAAAGGCUGACUUUGGCAUUAAGUACAACCUCGCCAACGGAGCCCCUGCCCCGGAAUCCGUCACUAACAAGAUUUACGAAAAGUCGAAAACCCUCACCUCAUACAAGAUUGCAGACAUCCCCGAAGUUGACAUUGGCACAAUUGGCACAAAGAAGUAUGGCGACUUGGAGGUCGAGAUCAUCGAUUCUGUGGCCGACUAUGUGACAUACCUCAAAGAAAUCUUCGAUUUCGAUCUCAUCCGCUCCUUCUUCAAGUCCCAGCCCGACUUCAAAGUUCUGUUUGACGCUUUGUCCGGUGUCACCGGUCCCUACGGCAAGGCUAUCUUCCAAGGGGAGCUUGGUCUCUCCGCCGACAGCGUCCAGAACGUCGAGCCAAGCCCUGAUUUCAAUGGUGGCCAUCCCGACCCCAAUCUCACCUAUGCACAUUCUCUGGUAGAAAGAGUUGAUAAAGAAGGAAUUCACUUUGGGGCGGCCUCAGACGGCGACGGAGACAGGAACAUGAUCUACGGCAAGAAUGCCUUUGUCUCCCCUGGUGAUUCUCUUGCCAUAAUUGCACACUAUGCCAAGCAAUACAUCCCUUACUUCCAGAAGCAAGGCGUCUAUGGCUUGGCCAGAUCCUUCCCUACCUCUGCGGCCCUCGACCUUGUUGCCAAAAAGCAAGGCCUGUCCAUUUAUGUUGUCCCCACCGGAUGGAAAUUUUUCUGCUCCUUGUUCGACACAGACAAAAUGUCCAUCUGUGGCGAGGAAUCUUUUGGCACGGGAUCCAAUCAUAUCCGUGAGAAAGACGGACUGUGGGCUGUGACUGCCUGGCUCAACAUCAUCGCCGGCGUUGGUAGAGACACGGGCAAGUUCCCAUCGAUCUCUGAGAUCCAGAAGCAGUUUUGGGACGAGUACGGACGGGUGUACUUUACUCGAUACGACUAUGAGGAUGUGAGCAGCGAAGGUGCCGCAGAUAUGGUCAAGUACCUCAAGGGCAAACUCGCCUCCAAAGACACGGUUGGAUCGGUAAUUGGUGGCCACAAGGUCAAAGAAGCCGAUGAUUUCUCAUACACUGAUCUGGACGGGUCGGUGUCCAAGAACCAAGGAAUCUAUUUCAUCUUUGAUGACGGCACUCGAGUUGUCGUUCGCCUCUCUGGAACUGGUAGCAGUGGUGCCACCAUUCGUUUGUACGUGGAGAAGUUGGAGGAAGACAAGAGCAAGCUGGGUCAAGAGACGCAAAGCUACCUUAAGGGGUCUGUGGAUCUUGCCAUUGAACUCCUCCAACUUCAGAAGUUUAUCGGUAGGACAGAACCGGAUGUCAAGACCUAAGGGUCAACCAUUUCACAUCGGCGGAUCUUGGCCAACGUUCGGCGCGAUCCACAGUCUGGGUUGCGACGCUGAAUCAUGUUACAAAGAAACGUUGCCUUGUUCUACAGUUUUGCAUGCUAGAUAAGUUGAUGAUCAGAUGAGCAGAAUUCAAAACAUUCCUACUUCCGAUGUUUACACAAAAUCUUUGUUCGAUCAAAUUUUCUGACUUUCCGGGAAUACACUAAGAGCACGAUGAAAUGUGAUGCUGUGGCUGGUUGCAC